AUGGCAGGUUCGUUUUUGCAGCCGCAGACGUCUCCAUUAUCGAUGAACCGGACGCUGUCGACGAAUAGUAGCUCCAACAGAUCGUCUCGGGGCUUGACUGUUGGGGAUGAGUUCGAGGCACCCGCUGAAAUCAAUUCAGGUGCUCAAGAACCAAAGAUUGAAGAGGACGCAAGGAAGAGUGACGCGUCCAUCAAGACUCAAGAGGAGGACGUACUGAAAGGAGACGACUUCCUGUUCAUUUUUAUUGAUGUGAUUGUCCGCAGUGACCUGGAGGCCCCGAUCCUCACACAAGUACUGCUGAAUCGUCUCUGCGAUCCCGAGAAGCGACGUAGCGAGUCCGGCUACUAUCUCGCGACGUUCGAGGCUGCUCUGCACCACAUCUUGUCACUGGAGCUUCCCGGCGCUAGGACGAAGCCAUCGUGA